GAGAGAGAGAGAGAGAGAGAGGCCAACGUCCUAUUCACUAGUUGAGUUCGAGUUUCUUCAAGGCUAUGAUUGACAGAGUCAGCAGAGGUUUAUACUGGCAUGUCCGCAGACUCUCUCGGUUAUUAUUGUAAUACAAAGAUAGUCGGCAUGGCGAGUCAGGAAAGAGCCCAGAGAUUUCAUCAGUCAUCAACAAGCGCAAAAACAACAUAUAUUGGACUCCUGAGGAUUUUAUUUAUUGCUUUCAUUCACGCGUCGCGGGCAAAUAAACAAGCAUUCAUUCAGUCAGACACAAUUCUAGAGGUUCUACAUUUUGGUGAGGGGAGCCUCUUACAGGGAGAUUCUGACAUUGAUUUUAGCUUAUAUCAUCAGCAAAGCACGUCCCCGCACCGUGGGAACUGCCGACCUAUACGUUUUGAACCUCCCAUGCUUGACUUCCAUGAACAGCCUGUUGGAAUGCCAAAAAUGGAGAAAGUUUAUUUACAUAACCCUAGCUCAGAAGAAAUUAGUUUGAUAUCAAUAUCGGCAACAACAGCCCAUUUUCAUGCAUCCUUUUUCCAGAACAGGAUAAUUCCACCAGGAGGAAACACAUCAUUUGAUGUUGUGUUCCUUGCCCGUGUAGUGGGGAAUGUAGAAAACACUUUAUUUAUUAAUACAUCACAUCAUGGAGUGUUUACAUACCAGGUUUUCGGGGUUGGCAUCCCAAACCCCUACAGACUACGGCCCUUCAUAGGGGCCAGAGUCCCAGUCAAUAGCAGCUUCUCACCUCUAAUAAACAUCCACAACCCACACAGUGAACCACUGCAGGUUGUGGAGAUGUACUCCAGUGGUGGGGAUUUACAUCUAGAGCUACCCACAGGCCAACAAGGAGGCACUGGAAAAUUAUGGGAGAUUCCCCCAUUUGAGACCAAGGGGGUAAUGAGAGCAAGCUUCUCAUCAAGAGAUGCAGACAACCACACAGCUUUCAUCAGAAUCAAAACAAAUGCACCCAACGAAGACCAGUUCAUCAUCCUUCCUGUAGAGGUGGAGGUCACAUCAGCCCCUGGUAUAUACUCCUCCACAGAGAUGCUUGACUUUGGUACGCUACGCUCUCAAGAUCGUCCAAAACAGCUGAAUCUACACCUGUUAAAUUCAGGAACGAAAGAUGUUCCAAUCACGAGUGUACGGACAACGCCAUCAAAUGAAGCAGUCACAAUAGAUUUCAAAGCAAUCACGCUCAAAGCUGGAGAGAGUAGAUAUACCAAAGUUGCAAGCAUUAGUUUUGAUGCUUCAAAAGCACGAAGACCGUACCAGUUUUCUGGUAAAAUAACUGUCAAAGCAAAAGAAAAAAGCUACUCAAAGCUUGAAAUUCCAUACCAAGCAGAGGUUUUAGAAGGGUACCUGGGCUUUGACCACACAGCGACCUUGUUCCACAUCAGGGACAGCCCUGUCGACCCAGUUGAAAGACCCAUAUUUCUCACAAACACCUUCAACUUUGCUAUCAGAAUACAUAAUGUGUCCCUGCCUGAAGAAGCCAAAACCAUGUUUAAUGUGCAGAACUUAAGUAUACCCAUCCUUAUCCCCCCACAUGAGUCACGAUACAUAUUCUCCCUCCUCUUCCGGCCGGUCCGACCCUCAAUCCACAUCGACAGCAAUAUCCUGCUCAUCACAAAUGCCUCAAAGUUCCACCUGCCUGUCCGGGCAUACACAGGCUUCUUAGAGCCCCUGGUCCUGUCACCCAGUCUGAAGGAGAACCUCCUGGACUUUGGAGUCCGCAGUGCAACAGACACCAGCAGCAUCACAUUUGUGGUGGUCAACAGUAAUCCCAUAGAGCUGGAGAUCAAGUCCUGGCUGGUAACAGGAGACAGUCUUUCCAUGGAGCUUCUGAAAACAGAAAAAGGGAACAGGACUGUGGCUAUGAGUCGCAUUCGAGAGCUGCAGAACACCUCUGCCUCCCAUCACAAAACAGUGAUAUUAGCCUCUGGCUACUAUGCAGCAUUCAGAGUGACACUGGUGGCUAAGGCAUUGGAAGGCACAUACGACGGAGCUGUACACAUAACCACAGAUUAUGAGAUAUUAACCAUCCCAGUGAAAGCUCUCAUUGCAGUGGGGACAUUAAAUAGCUCUCCCAAACACAUCACUCUGCCACCGUCCUUUCCAGGGAAAGUUGUCCACCAGAGUUUCAGCAUACAGAGCUCUUUCUCCCAAAGAGUGAGGCUACAGCAGAUCCGCUCUCUGACUGAAGAUGUACGCUUCUAUUACAAAAGACUCCGCAACAAUAAGGAUGAGCUGGAACCUAGACGCAAAUCUAAGGUGGCAAAUAUUUAUUUUGAUGCCAGUUUGCAUUGUGGUGAUCACUGUUAUGUGGGGCUGCCAUUUGUCCUUAAAUCGGAGUCCAAGCCUCAUGGUCUGGCCUUGCAGGAGGAUAUUUGGGAUGCUGAUGUGGAUCUGCACCAAAAACUUUUGAAACGAUGGAAAGACCUCAAGGAACGCUCAGGCCACCAGGUCGAAGCCAUUUUUGAAGUCAACACAGACCUUCAAAAAAAUGUGCAAGCUAAAAUAACAGCACAGUUGACCUGGCCGUCACUGGUCAACUCUUCGCGACGCAUUAUGUUCCCUCUGACCAAUACAAACAGCUCCUCUGAUGAGGAGGUGAUCCUAGAGAACCCUGCCGAUGUCCCUGUUUUUGUCCAAGUUCUCCCCUUGGCUCUGUUACCCAACCCCUCAGUGUUUUCUGGAAAAUUAGCUGACAGGCUACCAUUAGGAAAUUUGUCCAACAUCAACAUAGACACAAAUACAUUGGAAUUCCAAGUCCACAGAAAUCAAACAUCCCUAAUGAAGAGCAGUACAGGGUUUGUAGAGGGAUCAACUAGACCCUUUGUGUACAAUCUCCUCCUCCUCCCUGGAGAGGUCAAGUCCUUCAGUGUGAGGUUCACUCCAGUCACCAACCACAGUGUCUCUUCCCUUCUCAUAGUCAGGAAUAACUUGACUGUGAUCGACACAAUCAUACUACAAGGCCGGGGAACAACAGAGAGCCUGAAAGUUGCAGGGAAGCCUCCAGGACAAGGGAGCUCGCUGAGGUUUAAGAUGACCGAGGCCUUGUUAAAAGACUGCACAGAGAAGACAAAAGUCAAGGAGCCAAACUUCACUCUCAGACGAACAUUCAGAGUGGAAAAUACAGGCUUGCUCCCAAUCAACAUCAGAACAGCAGAAAUCAAUGGACAACCUUGUGAAGGAUAUGGAUUCAAAGUUCUCAGCUGUCAAGAAUUUGCACUUAAGCCAAAUGCUUCAAAAGACCUUGUCAUACUGUUUACACCCGAUUUCACUUCAUCUCGAGUGAUCCGGGAGCUGAAAUUGGUGACGUGUGGAGGCUCUGAGUUUGUGUUUGUCCUGAAUGCCUCUUUACCCUACCACAUGUUAGCUGCAUGUGCAGAGACUUUGCCCAGACCAAGCUGGGAGCUUGAGCUCUACAUCAUAGUCUCUCUAAUUAUGAGCUCCAUGUUCCUGUUGGUAAUUGCCACAGCAUACCUGGAGGCUCAAGGCAUAUGGGAGCCUUUCAGAAGACGCCUGUUUGUGGAAUCCAACUCUACCUUGGAGACUGGGAGACCAUUUGAUCUCAGGGAAAUAGUGCACAUUCACAGCGAUUCAAACUUGAAUGAUUACAGCGACUCACAUCAGAACUCCAGAGGAUUAUAUGGGUCCAGCAGCGGAGCAUCACGGGUUGGAGGUCGACAGGGUAACAGCCGUACCAUGUUGGACCCAGACAGCCAAGACAGGAGGUCCAGGAUAGGCUUUAACCGCUCAUGUAUGCAUGCUGCUUCCUCUCAGCUGACCAAAGGAAGUACCACCUCAGGCCAAGAAGGCCCUCAGGCUGCAUGCCAGCUAACCAAUCGGAAAGCUCGGAAUGCCAAGCAACAGCAGACGGUAGGCCUCCUGGACCUCCAGAGUCGAGGUUUAGCUGGGUCAUCAUUGCCUCAAAGGGGCCUCUGUACUGAGGAUACAGAAUAUGCCAACCUACUAGGGGCCAUGGACAAUGAUCUUGACCGUCCAGAGUCGCUUAGUGUCGAGGCUUCACAGGAGCAGAGCACUCAAUCAGUACAAAACAAAGUGUUGGAAUCUAAAGGGAAGCUGCGGGGCAAAACAAAAGCCCAGAGGAAGAAGGAGGAGAAAGAGAAAAAAACAAAGGUAAAAACAUCUCAGGGAGAUGAGCUGAAAGAUACCCUGGCUGACAAUGAUGACAGUUCCUCAACCACAACAGAGACAUCCAAUCCAGAUGUGGAGGCUAGCAUCAAAGAGGAACCAGUGAAGAAGAAAGGAAGGACAGUUACCACAGGAAAGGGCAAAGAGGACACUUCAAAUUUCCUAAUAAAAUCCAAAAACAAGAAACAAGGAACCAUAAAGAAAGAGAACCAAGUAGAAAAAUCCAGUUCUCUUGAGCUGCCAUAUGUAACACCCUUGGAGAACAAACAACGCAAGAGCUUCACAUCCAAGACUCUUCACCCUCUUACAAACAUCCCAAAGACAAGAACCCUGCAGAAACAGAGAUUGCCUGGAAAACUUGAAGAUGGGCGUCCCUCUUUGUUGGUUAAGUUGUUGUCCAGUGGCUCUGUCCCAGAACUGGGCCAUAGCAGCAGCUCAGAGGGCGAGAAGGAGUUUGCUUCUCCAGAGUGGGACCUACCUCUCCCCAAAAACAGCAUCCAACCAGAUAGUCUUCAGCAGAUCUCCAUCCAGACAAUGAAUGCAGACCCCUUCCUGAAGAGAUCUGUUUCAGCCAGGACCUGCUCCCCCCCACCAUCUUCCCCUGGCUUAGUGUCCCGAGGCACCUACAGUAGUGUACUCAACACCAGCAGUGAGGGAAAUUUGAAGAAGGCCCCAGGAAACAAGCUGUCUGUAGCCACUUCACUCCCGGGCAAAAAUGGGAAUCCCACAUUUGCCGCUGUGGCUGCUGGUUAUGACAGAAGCCCAGGUGGCACUGGUUCAAGUAAAACAGAGAACCAAGGGAAGACUCUGUCACACAUGACAUCAGUGGAGAGUGACAGCUCUGACAGCUCUGGAUUAUGGAGUCCCAUUGAUACAGCUAAUGGUCCAAACUUCAGUUCUGCCAACUCGUUCUCUGCAUUUGGACCCAACAAUUCUUUCAAUCUGACACGAGUUUUUAGAGGUAUCAAUUUCCCAAAAUCUUCGGAGCCUCAGCAAAGCUGGCCUGAGUUCAACGCUGUAUCCCCCUCCAUUUGGGACGUUCCAAGCAGUGACAGUCUGCACUCCUGGCCCAGUAGCUCUGGCUCACCGACUGCACCAACUGCAUCAAUCUUGGGAAACUCACGCAGUCCAUGGUCCACAACUACACCGUUUAGCAGCUCCAUUUGGUCCACAAGUGGAGACUCAGCCUUGCACUCCUUUCCUCCAUCUACCAACUCAACAACUCUGACUGAUCUGGUCAGCAGUCCAGCCCCACCCUCACCAGCUCCCACCGAGUUGAGUCGGACCUACAACCCAUGGAGCAUGUGGCGUCCCACUCUGAGCAGACGAAGCGCUGAACCCUGGCCAGACUCUUCUGACAACGGCAACUGAACAGAACAUGACUUCACUUAACAAAAGCACGUCAUGGGUUUGAUGUACUUUGUACGCUAAAGCAAAUGAUUUUUUUUUUUUUUUUUUAAAUCAGUGACUCCCAACCGAAAGCAAUGUCAUAUCAAGUGUAACACAUUUGGUAGCCCAGUGCUUUAGGUUACCAACCCCCUCUUUAGUUCUCUGAAGCUUUUUAUUCAGCCAGGGGCAAAGAUGCAGUCUUUUUGGAUUUGUUUUAACAGGUGCCCUUUAAUUUAAAAAGAAACAAAAAAAAAAAUGAUAGCAUGGUAUGUUAUGCCAAUGCAAACGCAAACAUGUUUCUCUAUUCUAGACAACCCCAUUUGGCAAUGCAGCAUUC